AUGUUCAAGGCGUCGCGGCAGGCGCUCUUCGCGCCGGCCAGGGGCGGAGCAGCGCUGCAGGUGCAGCUGCCGCCGGCCGGCGGCGGCGCCGCAGGCGAUGGCGGCAGUCGCGGCGGCGGCGGUGGCAGGGGCGGGGGCGUUCCUGGCGGCGCCGCCACGGGAGGCGGCGGCGCCAUUGGGGGCACCACCGGCGGCAGCUGCAGCGGCGGCGGCGCGUCCGGAUGCGAGCAGUCAGAUCGAACGCAGGGCAGCGGCGGCACCUCGGGGACCUGUGGGGCGGGCAUGGGCGCUGGUGGCGAGGGCGGCGGCGCGCCAGCAGGCCCCGCUUACAAGCUGCGGACGGAGCCAUGGGAGGGCGCCAUGACGUCAUUCGAGGCCAUAGCGCGCGUGGUUGCAAUCCUGGAAGCCGCGUUUGCCAAGGCGGAGGGGAGCGGCGACCAGCAGCUGACCAAUCACAGGCCGGCCGCCGCCGCGAUUGAGAGCAGCUGUGGCGACGGCGCCACUCGCUCGGGGUCAAAAGCUGCGGCGGUUCCCAGGGGCGCGGGGGGCGAGGACAGCGGGGACGCGCUUUUCGAGGCGCUCGUGGCGCCGCUGCGGCGCAUGACAGAGAUCCAGGCGGCGUUCGACCCGGCCGUGCGGGCGCGGCAGCAAGGGGGCGGGUACGUGGCAAAGGGCUCCAGGGCCCGGCUGGAGGCCGCGGGUGCGGCGCAGGCCGCCGCCGGCGCUGGGCCGGCAGGAGGGGGUGGCGUCGGCGGCAAGAGUAAGGUGGCAGUUGUGUAA